UCCUGUUCAAACCUAUACAAAAUAGGAACAAAUUUGAAGAGAAAAAAAUAAAAUAAAAAUCUCUAGCUUUUUAGAUAGAAGACGAUGGUUUUUCCUAAUAAUCAGGAAUUACUCGUUGAUGAGUCGUCUUCUCAGUUGAGGAAAACAGGUGCAGGCGGAGGAGGACGAGGGAAGAUUGAGAUUAAAAGGAUCGAAAAUACGACAAAUCGACAAGUUACGUUCUGCAAACGUAGAAAUGGGCUAUUGAAAAAAGCUUAUGAACUUUCUGUUCUUUGUGAUGCUGAAGUUUCACUUAUUGUAUUUUCCAGCCGCGGCCGUCUCUAUGAAUAUGCCAAUAACAGUGUUAGGGCAACUAUCGAUAGGUACAAGAAACACCAUGCUGAUUCCACAAGUACUGGAUCUGUUUCUGAAGCUAACACUCAGUACUACCAGCAAGAAGCAUCCAAACUGCGACGACAAAUCCGAGAUAUCCAGACUUAUAACAGGCAAAUAGUUGGAGAGGCUUUGAGCAGUUUAAGCCCUAGGGACCUCAAGAAUUUGGAAGGGAAACUUGAAAAGGCCAUUGGUAGAGUCCGUUCCAAGAAGAAUGAAUUGCUUUUCUCUGAAAUAGAGCUCAUGCAAAAGAGGGAGAUUGAGCUGCAGAACGCCAACAUGUAUCUACGAGCAAAGAUAGCAGAGGUAGAGAGAGCACAAGAGCAAAUGAACUUGAUGCCUGGAGGCGGCGGAGGUGGAGGAGGAGGAUCUGAUCAAUACCAUCAUCAGCCAAAUUAUGAAGAUGCUCGCAAUAACUUCCUGCCUGUAAAUCUCCUGGAACCAAAUCCCCAUUACUCUCGUCGCGACGAUGGUGACCAAACUCCUCUCCAGCUUGUCUGAUAAUCAUGGAGCAGGUUUUCUGAAAUUUGGGGUCAAAGCUCUUCCUUCAUCUUCAGAAAUGUGUACUACAAUUUUUAACCUAUAGUGUUGUAAAUCAAUCAUAAUUAUUGCCACUGAGAUUUAAACUGUUUAUUUUCAAGCAAUAUUAUUCAGUAUUCUGUUAAUUAAGGAAUGAAAAAUCUUGUUUGUUAUAUUAUGACUACUUCUAUAUACUUUUACAGGCUUCUAUAAAUAAAAAAACUAUUGAACUA